AUGGAAGGCGCCGACGUGCUAGGCUUCCUCAUCAUCACGUUCAACUGCAACGUGACCGUGGUGGGAAAGCUCUGGCUGGUCCUCACGCUGCUGCUGCGGAUGCCGGUGAUCGUCUUGGCGGGGCGCCCCGUCUACCAGGACGAGCAGGAGAGGUUCGUGUGCAACACGCUGCAGCCGGGCUGCGCCAACGUCUGCUACGACGCGUUCUCGCCGGUGUCCGCGCUGCGGUUCUGGCUGAUCCAGGCCCUGUGCGUCCUGCUGCCCUCCGCCGUCUUCGGCGUCUACGUCCUGCACCGAGGAGCCGCGCUCGCCGCGCUGCGCCCCCGCCGCGGCCCCGAACCCCGCUGCCCCGGGCCCCGCGCGCCCGACUGCUCGGCCGGCUACGUGGCGCACCUGGUCCUGCGGACGCUGCUGGAGGCCGCGCUCGCGGCCCUGCACUACCUGCUCUUCGGCGUCCGGGCCCCGCGGAGCUUCCCGUGCGCGCGGCCGCCGUGCUCCGGCGUGGUGGACUGCUACGUGUCGCGGCCCACGGAGAAGGCCCUGCUGACGCUGUUCCUCUGGGCGGUCAGCGCGCUGUCCUUCCUGCUGGGCCUGGCCGACCUGGUGUGCAGCCUGCGGCGGCGGAGGCGCGGGAGGCCGGGACCCCGCGGGGGGACCCCGAGCGCCGCCCCCGGCCACGCGGAGGAGGGGGCGUGGGAGGAGGACGGGGGGCCCGCGCGCGCGGGUGCACGCGCCGCGGGGGAGGGGGCGGGCGGCCCCAGGGCUCCAUCCCGCGGGUCGGGGCGCGCGGGGAUUCCGCAUGAGGACGAGAGCGAGGUGACGUCCUCCGCCAGCGAAGAGCCGGGCCGAGAGCCCCGGGGCAGGCCCCACCGAGAGGCCGCCCAGGACGCCGGCGGCUCGGGAGCGGAGGAGCCGCCCGCAGCAGCCCCCGGCCGCCUGGCCGCGCACCCCUCCCGCGGCCGCCUGCAGCCCCCCGACCCGCCUGCCGGCUCCGGCGCUGCUCCCCACCUGAGGGCCAGGAAGUCUGAGUGGGUGUGA